CAGGGGGCGUGGCUUCCCCGUGCGCAGCCUCCUCGCGCGUCCGUCCCGCCCUAUCGAGCCUCCGGCGCUCGACUGCUGGUGUCUGGCGGCGGCAGCAUGGCGGCGGGGGCGGCUGAAGCAGCUGAGGCGGCCGCGGCCGUGGCGGAGGUCGGCUCGGCCCGGCAGUUUGAGGAGCUACUGCGCCUCAAAGCCAAGUCGCUCCUUGUGGUCCAUUUCUGGGCACCAUGGGCUCCACAGUGUGUACAGAUGAACGAUGUCAUGGCAGAGUUAGCUAAAGAACACCCUCAUGUUUCAUUUGUGAAGCCUCCAGGCAUCUUUUGAAAUGUGCAACAAAAUAAAAACCUCUGAACCUGUUUUGACACUGCAGACUCCGUGGAUGACAUGCCAGCCCACUGGAAGCCGAAGCUGUUCCUGAAGUUUCUGAAAAAUAUGAAAUUAGUUCUGUUCCCACCUUCCUGUUCUUCAAGAAUUCUCAGAAAGUCGACCGGUUAGAUGGUGCACAUGCCCCAGAGUUGACCAAAAAAGUCCAGCGACACGUGUCUAGUGGAUCCUUUCCUCCUAGUGCUAAUGAGCAUCUUAAAGAAGAUCUCAACCUUCGCCUGAAAAAGUUGACUCACGCUGCCCCCUGCAUGCUGUUCAUGAAGGGAACACCUCAAGAACCACGCUGUGGUUUCAGCAAGCAGAUGGUGGAAAUCCUUCACAAACACAAUAUUCAGUUCAGCAGUUUUGAUAUCUUCUCAGAUGAGGAAGUUCGACAGGGGCUCAAAACAUACUCUAAUUGGCCCACCUAUCCUCAGCUCUAUGUUUCUGGAGAGCUCAUAGGAGGACUUGACAUAAUUAAGGAGCUGGAAGCAUCAGAAGAGCUAGAUACAAUUUGUCCCAAAACUCCCAAGUUAGAGGAGAGGCUCAAAGUGCUGACCAAUAAAGCUUCUGUGAUGCUCUUUAUGAAAGGAAACAAACAGGAAGCAAAAUGUGGAUUCAGCAAACAAAUUCUGGAAAUACUGAAUAGUACUGGGGUUGAUUAUGAAACUUUCGAUAUACUGGAGGAUGAAGAAGUGCGGCAGGGAUUAAAAACAUUCUCGAACUGGCCAACCUACCCUCAGCUGUAUGUGAGAGGGGAGCUUGUUGGAGGAUUGGAUAUUGUUAAGGAACUGAAAGACAACGGUGAAUUGCUGCCUAUAUUGAAAGGAGAAAAUUAAUAAAUGUUAAGCAUGGUGUCCAAGGACUGCAAGAAAUAUUUAAGUACAGUGGAACAGUUGAUGGUUUGGUCCUGAGAAGUGGACUAGGAGUAGAAAUUGGUCUCACCCAGCUGUGCUCUGCCUUUCAGAGCUGUGCUGAAGAAACAUGUUACAUUUUCCAUGAAACAUAGAAGGCAAUAAACUCUUCAGAUUCAGCUAAAAAUGA